CCGCGAGCUGAGUCCCCGCGUCCGGACAUGGACGGCGGCGGCGGCGGCGGCGGGGCCGGGGCGUAGCGCUCUGCAGCGGGAGCCGCGGGCUGCUUGGUCAGCCUGCCCCGCCGUCCUCUAGUUGGAGCCGAGGCGUUAGUUUACCGGAGCGUGGUCACGUGAGCUGCACCUCCCACGAGCCUGGGAGGACCGAGGUGGCGCGGCGGCCUCUAGGGGGAGCACGAGAGCACUGAGUCGUGAGCGGAGAGCCCGCGGCGCUUGGGCUCGGCGCAGCCCUGCGCGGUGGCGCGGCUGAGAGAGACGCGCAGCUCGCGAAAUGCCCGGGGUCUAAGGCCUUCGGAGACCAGUCUCCGCGGAGCGCUGACUGGAGCCCAAAGCCGACCGAACUACCUCCCCGCGUCUCACCUUCCGCGGCUCGGAGAGGAAGAGAAGAAGAUACAGAAAUGAAAAUGAAAAGAAAAUUUGGUACUACAGCACAAAGGUCCAGCUUGCAGAAUUAAUUGACUGUCUGAACAAAGAUUAUUGGGAAGCAGAGAUCUGCAAAAUUCUGGAAGAAAUGCGUGAAGAAAUCCACCGACACAUGGAUAUAACCGAAGGCCUGACCGAUAAGGCUCGGGGCAGUAACAAAUCCUUUCUGGCGGCAGCUAAUGGCACAACGUCAACGUGGUACUAGAAGAGGAGAGAUUCACAAGAAUUGAAAAUUGAUGGGGAAGAGAAGGGGUAACUAACAUUUUUGAGUGCCUACUGUGGGCCAGGUGCUCAGCGAGGAAGAGCUGAAGAGAGACCUGAAAAUUAAGGACAAAAAAGACCUGAUGCAGGUGGCUCAGGCCACAGCAGUAGCUGCACCUUGCCCCACCAGUGACGGCAGCUCCUCCAGCCCCUCCACCUUCACCUCCCGCUCCACCUGCUGUGCAACACCCUGUCCUGUCCACACCGACCGUACCUGCUGCUUCCCAGAAGAGGAAGGGGGAAGAGGAAAAAGACUCAAGCUCAAAGUCCAACAAGGAGAAAAUGAUCUCUGCUAAGGACACAAAGCUUUACUGUAUCUGUAAAGUGCCUUAUGAUGAAUCUACGUUCUAUAUUGGCUAUGAUCUUUGUACUAACUGGUAUCAUGGAGAAUGUGUUGGCAUCUCAGAAAAGGAGGCUAAGAAAAUGGUUGUGUACAUCUGUAAUGAUUGUAAAUGGGCCCAAGAGGGCAGCAGUGAGGAAUUGUACUGUAUCUGCAGAACACCUUAUGAUGAGUCACAAUUUUUUAUUGGCCAUGAUCAGUGUCAGAAUUGGUACCAUGGGUGCUGCGCUGGCAUCUUGCAAAGUGAGGCCGAGCUCAUUGAUAAGUAUGUCUGUCCACAGUGCCAGUCAACAGAGGAUGCCAUGAGAGUGCUCACACCACUAACAGAGAAGGAUUAUGAGGGGUUGAAGAGGGUUCUCUUAAGAAUGCCUACUUUUUCAUUAUAGGCCCAUAAGACGGCCUGGCCUUCCCUUGAACCAGUAGAUCCUAAUGAUGCACCAGAUUAUUGUGGUGUUAUUAAGGAACCUAUGGACCUUGCCUCUUUAAAAAAAAAAAAAAACUUGGCCGGGCGCGGUGGCUCAGCCUGUGUUCCAAGGCUGUGCACUGGGGCUGCGGGGAGAGCAGAGAAGUGCCCGGGGCUGCCGGAUUUCGGCCCGACUUCCCCCAAGCCCUCCCCAGCGCCCCCCUCAGCCCCUGUUCACCCAGCCGAGCCGGGCGGACCCUGCAGCGUCCUGCGAGCCCGGGCAGGGCACGGCUCCCGAAAGGCGCGCCACGACCCCUUUUGA